AUGGCAAAGAUGAAAUGGAGGUGCACUAUUUUUAAGUUUUAAAACUUAUAAUCCGCUUCCAAAAUUUAUCAAAUGAUCAUGGGGAUGUAAAUUUUCAUACAUAAGGGUUUUCUUCAAAUCAUCAAAUAUGAUGUUAUAUAAAUAAGGUUGCAAAUCAUCAACAUUAAUGUUACCAUACAUUUUUAUGCUAGAUUCUAAGGCUUUGUUGAUUUUCUAACUCCCAAGCAUUUCAAACCAACAAAAAGUAUGAUUCUAAAGGCUGGUUUUACAAAAAAUGGGAGUUAUAUCUCAAAAAAUCUAAGAUUACAACAGGUCUUAAAUUUGGCGAUUGCUGUAUCAAUUAAAUCUCUCUUGCUCAACACACCUCCAUUAUAUAUGAACAAACCAUUUUUAUUAUUUUUAGACACGAUACUUCAGUAGAGAAUGUUGGUACUGGCAAUGGCUGCCCCAUACUUCAUUAUUGUAGAAUACCUAAUAGAAUGA